AUGACUUCCAGAUAUUCCAGCGACGCGGUGGACGUCUCCCCACUCGCCCAACCGCUCAACUUCAACUUCAGCCAGCGAACAGCCUCAAACCGCUUCUACAAAGCUGCCAUGACGGAGCGUCUAUCUUCCUGGUCCCCGACCGACCUGAAGGCUCGUGGAGUUCCCAGCCCCGAGCUCAUCAACGUCUAUAAACGCUGGGGCGAAGGUGGAUACGGCCUCAUCUCCACGGGCAACAUCAUGAUAGCGUACGAUCAGCUCGAAGCCCCCGGGAACCCUGUUAUCGAUUUGGAAAAUCCUCCCCACGGGGAACGGUUCGACGCAUUCGCCGCCUUGGCCGCUGCAGCUAAGAAACAAGGCAGUCUGGUGAUUGGGCAGGUGAGCCAUCCUGGCCGACAGACGGAGCAACGACUACAGAAGGACCCGGUGUCAGCGAGUGACGUCCAGCUCACAGGGGAGACGCACGCUGCUGUGUAUCUGCACAAAGCCGGGUACGAUGGCAUCCAGCUCCAUGGGGCACAUGGAUACCUCCUCGCACAGUUCCUCUCGCAGACCACCAACAAACGGACUGAUGAAUACGGUGGGAGUCUUGAGAACCGGGCGCGGCUCAUCGUGGAGAUUGCUCAGUCGAUCCGACGAGAACUCCCUGCAUCGACGGGGUUUAUCCUAGGCAUCAAAAUGAACUCGGUCGAGUUCCAGGCUGGCGGGUUCUCUGCCGAAGAAGCCCGAGGACUAUGUGCGAUCCUAGAACAGAAUGAGUUCGACUUUGUGGAGCUCUCAGGCGGAACGUACGAGUCCCUCGCAUUCAGCCAUAAGAGGGAGUCUACCAAGUACCGAGAGUCGUUCUUCUUGGAGUUCGCCUCCCUCAUCACUCCUGUGCUGAGCAAGACCAAGAGUUACGUGACAGGUGGGCUGAGAACAGCAUCAGGAAUGGUCAGUGCAUUGGACACAGUGGAUGGCGUUGGACUGGCCCGGCCAGCUUGUCAGGAGUUCCAUCUUCCCCGGGAUAUUCUAAGUGGCAAGGUGACGGGGGCAAUUGAUCAAAAGAUCAACCAGCAGGACUUUGGCAUCACCAGCGCAGCGGCAGGAACACAGAUGAAACAGGUGGGCAAGGACGAGCAACCAAUUGAUCUGAGCGACGAGAAGAACGUCGAGUAUUUCCAGAAGCACUUGGGAGAAUGGAUGCAGAAGAUGCAGAAAGACGCGGCGACGAUGAAUCUGUAUGGCUACGUGCCACUGCCACCAGGGGAGGAAUAUCGGGCUGAACUAUAG